AUGUAUCGAGUCUUUGUAGCUCCAGACGGCCGGGUCUACCAUGACAAGGCCAGCGUGGAGCAGCAUGUAGGCCGGUCGCUGGCCGCGAAGGAUGGCUUCAACGGUCGGUGCAAGCUUCUUUCGCUCCAGCACGACGUCGUCCACAUCGAUGGGUUGCAGAGCUUCCUUGCUUCGAAGGAGCAAACAGUUCUCCCCAGCAAAGACGACAUUUUCUUCGCGGUCAUUUCUGCACGGCGGGCCAAGUUCGACGAGGGCUUGCAGGAUAUAGCCGUUGUUCAGUCGCACUUCUUGAAGGCCGGCGUGGAGCCUGUCUGGUUCGUGGAUUCCGAGGAUGUGAAGGAGUACACCAGCUUGGGGCUGAAGGUGGUCGAAGGAGGCAAGCGUGCUGCCGCCCGCAACAAAGCUUUAGAGGAAGCUGCCCGUCUUGGGAAAGCGUGCUGCCAGUGCAGCGACGACAUUAGCAGAUGGGAAUACCGAUCUGGGCCGCGCGUGGCAAAGUCUGAGGAGAUGCUGAAAACAGCAUGGGCCUCUUCCAAGGGCGUUGCUUCUUCGCCGGUAGCAGCCGCUCAGUUCCUCCUGGCAAAACUUCGAGGUUGCGAAGGGGAACAAAGACCUUACCUUGCUGGCAUAUAUCCAGAUGGUAUCAGCAUGCGGACUUUUGCGCGAGACGAGUUCGAGUCCCACCAUUACAUACCUGGAGAUUUCUUCGUUGCGGAUCUCUCGCCAGUUCGAUUUGACGAGUCUUUUGCUCGGAAAGAGGACUAUGUUUUCACCGUUGAGCACAUCGAGAAACAUUCUUCCGUACUCCGAUGCAAUCGCUUGAUGAUCCAGGCAAAGCACAAAAAUAACCCAGGCGGUGCAAACACAAAUAAAGAUCGCCGGCGUGCAUUGGAGAAGCAGACCCAGGAAACAUUGCUUACUCGAUGGCCACAGGCCUUCCGCAAGCACAAGAAAGAGGAUCGCGAGGUAAUUAUGUGCUGGCCAGACGUGGAGCCUGACUCAGAGGGCGAGGACAGCAAGGAUGACAAAAAGAAGAAUAAGCGCCGACGGGAGGACAAUGACGAUGAGGCGAGGAAGCCAACAACUCCCCUGGAUGCUUCCAAGCCCGGGACUCCCAAGGAAGCCCCGAAGCCUUCGACUCCAGCGGAAGGAACUCCGAAGGACAGCGGAAAGCCAGGAACUCCGAAGGAGAGCGCCAAGCCGGGCACUCCGAAGCAAGAUGCAAGGCCGCCCACUCCAAAGGACGCUCCAAAGCCAGGCACGCCCAAGGAGGCCCCCAAGCCGGGCACGCCCAAGGACAGUAAGCCUGGAACUCCGAAGCCAGAGACUCCCAAGGAGGGAACGGAGACUCCCAAGAACAGGAAAGAAGCCGGCAAGACUCCUCCGGUGGACACCUCCAACAAGGCUACGGGCGAGCCUGCGGCCAAGAAGCUGCGCGCAAAGGACAUCCAGCAAAACAGCAUGGACGCCACCGUGCUGAAGGGCGAAAAGGUGCCGGGCACAGAGUACAUUGCAUCGCGGUGUGCCUUGGUAGUCGGGCAGAAGGUCCGCGACGUCAUUGGCACUGUCCAGUUCACCAAGACGAAUGGUACCGUUGCAACAUAUGCAUUGGCAGACCUUCGGUACGACCUGUCCUGCGGUUUCCUGAAACUUGAGGAAACACCUCAAGUAGGUUCUGAGGCCUAG